UUGUUUUGAAUUGAGAAAUUGACUUUUCUUUCGCGUAAUGUUGAAGUUCCCAUUCAGCUUGUUAGCGAGAUCAUAACUUUCGGGGUAAUUUUAAAGAGGCUUUCUAUCCAGGUUAAAAUCUGACGAGAUUGGCCGCGAUUAUGUGCCCCGAAAAGUUGCUGGUCAGUUUCCCAAGUCUGAUGAGUUUCGUGGCUCUAUCUAUGUCGGCUUCACACUUUGAGUAGUGAGUGGCAUCUAGAAGAAUGAGGCUUCAGCUUUUCGCUGGACUUGUUGAGGCAGGUUAAAUAAAACGACUUGCUCGAACUAACGGCGUGGGCUCGCUAGCAACUCUGUGUGGAUUUAUCUGACAUCCGUUGCUUGAGUCAGUGGGGAAGCUGAGCACAGUUUGUUGAGUCAGUGGGGAAGCUGAACAGACUCGAUGGAUUGAAAUGCCGCUACAACCCGACCAGCCGGCCAACAGCGAACGCUGGCGACCUUUGAGCGACUGGCAGAGGGAGAACAUCUUCGCCAACAGGAGGAGAACAGGCGAGUUUCAGCUCGAGUCUGAGGGUCAAGGCUACACCGGGGUCAGAAACAAUUCCCGCGAGUCAGCGAGGCUGGUCGAAAGCAAACCUCCAGUUCAACACAUUGAGCAGCUUUACCGUAACACGGCACCUGGUUGUCAGGGGCAACCAGGACAAGAAUUGUUGAGUCAGGAGGAGGUCACGCUCAACAACUCACACAACGAGAAACUACGCGACAGUGAGUUACCUGGCAAACAGGAUGCGCAGAAAACUAGUGAACACUCACAAGGGCUCCGACAACGUUGGCCAAACCAGAGCCAGUUUUUGGCCUCGAUGGCCGAGCAGGUGAGUAGUUUGGAAGAGAAAUUGUACCGGCCGCUCAGUGCCAGCCUGGCACGAGGCAGGUGGGCGGGCGAGGACAUGUCCAGUCCGACCAAACAGAGACACAACUCGAACAUCGGACCGCGAAUUAUUUUCAAAGACAACCCUUCUGAAACUGGCUUCAAGGAUGCGUUCGGCAGGCAAGUGGAAGCAGAUCUAUACAGUCAGUGUCUGCACCACAUACAGGUCAUCAACGCCUGCACGGAGCUGCAACAAGGCAUCAAGGACGAGAUGAAGAAACAAGCCAAGUUGGACCACAUGAUCAACAGGAAAAUGUUGGCCAAGGCCGAGCGACUCCAGAACCUGAUCUCAUCCGUCGAGUCGAGCAACGUGCCCGGCUGGGUGCCCCAGGCUUUCCAGGAGCUGCAGGAGCACGUCAGUCAGCAGGCGCAGGCACAUUACGUCUACGUCACUGUGCUGACAACCCAGUGCACGGCCAUACAGCAUUCUUUGGACGGCCACCAGGAGCUGAUGAAGUCGGUUCUUGGUCUGACCAGUGAAGCUAAAACCGCCCCGUCGGAGGAGAGAGAGGCCAUCGACUUUGACGCGGAUCGCAUGAGUUUUCUACAGGCCAGCAACGCCUUUGAGGAAAUACGGAAGCCGAGGAUUCGCUUGUCCAACAAGCUGGAAUACAUGCAGUCACAGAUGGAGGCGACAUUGAAACAACUGGAGGAGGUGGAGAAUAAGAUAGAAAACCUGAAGAAAACGGACGAGGAGGUUACAACACUCUUUAAACUUGAGGACAGCCAGAUCCGAGCCGAAUUCCUCAAGUCCCACUACGAAAAACUGCAGUCAGAAGUCAAGUUCGUGCAGCUCGAGUUGUCGGACUUGGACUUCUCUCACAGAGACAAGCUGUUGGAGAUCCUCAACAUAUUUCAUCAGCACCGUGUCAGGUACGACGCGGCUCUCAGGAAAUGUUUUCAGCUGCUGAGCGCCGUUUCACUGCGAGACAACAUUUUCACCAAAGAGCUGCUGAAGCUGGGCGCAGAUCAGUUCACCCAGCUUGCCCAGGGCGACAGUCAGCAGACCGUGGCAGACGACGAGGAGAAGAGCCUCAACACGACCCAGGAACUAGCAGACACGGGAUUUCACAGGAAGUACAGCCCUAUUGCUGUCCGCAAGACGACCCAAAUCACGAGCCAAGUUCCGCUGAGAAGCACGAACCCUUUUGUCUCUGACCCGUAUGAGGGGGUCAGACUGCAGGAGAUGAGCACGAGUUCUGACAGCUACACAAGAACUGAACAAUCUUCCGUCGGGGCCAGCCAGUUGAGCAAGUACCGACCUGCGGCCACCGGUGGCUACAGCGACAUCAACUUCAGCAGGGCUCGGGCCACGCCAUCUGAAACUAACAUGGUGGACAGCGACCAAGGGCAGCAACAUGUUCAGGGUCACCUCAACACUUCGGCCGAUGGUCAAGCUGACAUCCGUCAGAUGAAUGAUGUCACUGCUACACCAACAAGUGACGUAGCUCAAAUAACAAAUGUGGAGAACAGAAACAUUAACUCUGCAUCCAACGUGCCGCAGGAGGGGGCUGACAGGGCGGACAGGAAACUCUGGGCCGCUAGUUCCCAUGUACCAGCCGCCUCUCAAACCGUGCAGGAAAGUGAAGCUGGGUUGAUAUGGAAAUACGGCCACGACAGCACGUCCAGCAGUGACGUCAGGAACAGCUACUGGAACCAAACCGCCGACGUCUAUGACUCGCGGCUUCAGCUAACGAACGAGAGCCGCGUUACAGAGCUGAUCCAGAAAUACGCCAAGUCCAAGGUGCCCCGCCGGUUUUGUUUCGGAACUAAUUACAACAACUGUGUCACGACCUCCGACCCCACCGUGGACACUGGCCUGGAGCACGAGGACAGACUGGAGUUUGUCGUCACUAGUGACCACACGAGCCGGACGGUCAAGAUCUGUGCCGUCAAGCCCAUCUACUCCGACCAGGAGGUGUCUACAGAGGACGACAUGAAGGAGGGGGAGAUGGCGCCACCUGACCCCCACAGGGAAAGUGCUCUGCUGCAGAGAAGAUACGCCAGCCUUAGAGAGUUCGAAAUUACAGCUGGCUUAUAUACGGUGCCCAAGGAUAGCACAUCGAAUAGGACAAGUGUCCGCAACACCUACUGUAGCCACAACACAAACAAGUCGGACAAACAAAACAAGACUGACUAUUUUCACCAAAGAAACAGCAAAAAUGACGAGCAACAGAACAAGACCAUUGACCAUCAAGCGCUGGAGGAAGAUGAAGAGACGCUAGUAAAAACGCUGUACCCGAGCGGGAAUAUGCCACACACCCGACCGGGUCAAAUCGUCGGCCCGGCCGACACGGGGACCGUUCAAGAUUCCUAUGAGCUCUAUCAGCUCUUUGACACCGUGGAGGGGAAGGAAAGCAAAGAUCUCUACUACUCCAAGCCGCCAAACUUCCCCAACAAGAAACCCCUAAAGAGCAAUCUGAAGAGAGACAACAGGACCUGCAACCCCGAGCUGUUAGCUGAUAGCAGAAUGUCGGACGACAUGCGGGUAACGCUGUACGAACUUCGCACUGAAGCUGACAGAUUCGUCAAGGCAACAAAGAAGGUGAGAUUCGAUGACCGUGUUCACUUCAAUGACCACACGGUGCGGAUUGAUGACCUCGCCCAGCUCAACCUCCAGCAGAUGGAAUGGGACGCUCUAAAAGCAGAGUCAAGCCAGCUUCAACACCAGGACUUACAGAUGCUCAAGUCAAGUCAGAUUCAACACCAGGACCUACAAAUGCUCAAGUCAAGCCAGAUUCAACACCAGGACCUACAGAUGCUCAAGUCAAGCCAGCUUCAACACCAGGACCUACAAAUGCUCAAGUCAAACCAGCUUCAACACCAGGACCUACAGAUGCUCAAGUCAAGCCAGCUUCAACACCAGGACCUACAGAUGCUCAACGUCAGCCAUGUGUGUCCUGACAUAGCCGCCUCAGCCAACAACUCGAACAACAACAUUAGCCAUGUUUACCCGAGCCAGAGACCGUGGUAUGGUAACAGGCAACACUUUUCCGUUAGUGCAGAAACUUCAACCAAGAUUCUUGUGAAAUCAGCUCGUGUAAAACAUGUGAUGGAAACUUUACCAGUUUUCGGCAAUAAAACCCGGUCAUUUCUUUCGCUAAAUUGGCAAGUUCAAUUUUACUUCGUCAAGCCACCUUGUGGUCGCAUAUCCGGUGCUCCUGGCUGUUUUCUCUGUUCCCCCGGCUACAAAAAGAGAAAUGAGCUCAGGGUUCUCGAUGGAGUGCAUGAGUUUCGGUGCGCCGCGUUAGUGCCCUCACACAGGACAUGGAGCACAUCGCUUGUUAACAUAAACUAUUAUCAACAUCGAUGUUUGCACCAUGAAGAGCCACGUGACUCGCUGAAUCACAACAACAACAGCAACAACAACGCAGUGGAGAGCCGUAUAAUCUCGAUACCAGAUGGCACGUCAAAUUCCCAUGCCUUGCAUGACGACAUGGACGUGGCGUCAGGCAGUCUACACAAAUCCAUGAGACGUGGCAGGCGGCUGGAGAGGAACCGGCGACGUUCACCGUCGUCUGCUGCCAGCAUCAGCAGCCCCUCCGGCUGUACAAGGGCCGGCCACAGGGCUAGGUCUUACCCCAAGCCGCAGCACAGCAACUGGGCUGGGAAGUCUAAGCAAACAGACUCUUUCCAGCGAUUGAAAGCACCAGCAGAGACGCGGGAAGCAAGCAAGGCGUGCGAUACGAGGUACAGACAAGGUGCACGAGACACGAGGCUCAAGUCUGGCACAGCCGAGAAAUCCUUCCAACGGCAACCUUCACCAUCCUGUCAACCCAACACACCUCGCAUACUUACACAAAAACACAAUGAACCCAACACACCUCGCAUUAUGAACACACAGCGCCUCCAUAGCAAUACACACAGUCCAAUAAAUUUUCUUCUCAACCAUUUAAACCAUCCGAAAAACAGGUUGACACGCACUGUGUCCAACGCAACAAUAUCCUCUGUUCACGCGGGACAAAAUGUUUUCAUUAAGACGAAGCAAGGGCCACCAGGGGUGGGGCUCUCGCCCCCAGUCAACGCGACGCUUCACCGGCCCUGGUCAAGUAUUAGCCACGUGAUCUCAUUCUCCACCCCACGGUCUCGCACCCCAGCCCCUCCAUACCACUCUCCCAAAGGCUUGCACUUGGGCCCAGACGACCAGCCCCCGGACAAGCGGCUUGACGCGCCCACUUGUCUGACGACUGACCAGCUGCUUCGAUACAACUGCACGCCAGAGCGUGAAAAACCAAAGAGCCACGCCACGCCUUCUCCGUCGCGUGAUCCACCGCACAAAUCGCCAGCAAAACGUAGCCCUAAGUCCCUCUUUAGCGUGCUCAGGACAUUCUCCUGCCAAAAAGCGGCUUUACAGCUGGCCGCACAGGGAAAUAGAAGCUGCAACAAGAGCGACAAGGAUUUGAUGGCAAAAAUAGCCAGGGAUGAACGUCAGGAUGCUAGCACUACGCCCACAAGCGCCCCCUCUACCAGCGAUUCACGACGGAUACCAGCAACCAGCCCCAACACAAGAAAACCGUCCCUGAUGGCCCCACUCAGCAGAGAGCCUGCACGUUCGUUUGGACGGGUGACAUCAGAUCAGCCGGCACGUGAGUUUGGUCAUGCGGAGGUCAAGCGUGUGUUGCAGCGGAACAUGAGCCAAAGGUUUGGUCUCACUACCAAGGUGGGCCCCGUGCGUGUCGCACCUUUGCCGCAACCUUUAGGCAGGGCUCGGGGCUAUCUAUCAGCCUUCAAUUCUGGAUCCCCACCAUUGCCGGCCCAUAGCACGGAUUCCCAAGACACCCCGUCCAGAACAGGGGUAAAAAAGUUUGCAGAUGAACCAAGCAGGGUCUACUCAGACCUGACAAACAAACAAUUAUGUGGCAUCUUAGAGCUUGGGGGCCUAAGUGGUAGGGCUGACCGUUACUCGGGGGAAAGUUUAUUUAAACCUGCAACCUUCAACACUAAGCCCACAUCACGUGACGGCAUGAGAUCUGCAUCGUUUAAAGCCUCGCCGCCCAGCGAUACAGAAACGCGAGGGUUUAGGAGCCCGUCCCAUUUGACGGAGGUAGAAAGUAUAAUACAGCGGGUCCACGCAAACAGCGGUAACAAAUCAGGCAGGGGCUAUCAGCCAAGCUCACUUCCCAGCACGUUAAAACUAGACGGCACGCGAACACACCCAACACACCCUGUAUCGAUGUCUGAAGAGAGUAGGCCGAGACGACAAAUCAACAAAAUCGUGGAUGAAGCCAGAAGUGUCCAGGAAAAUCUGAAACACUUGCUCUCAUUCAAGUCUUCCUCCGCGCUGUACAGAGCAGCCUGUAGCAUCGACCCGCCGCAUUUCGGGAAGGCAGACAAUUUGCAGGCCAAGUCCAGCAUCACGCUGACCAAUGCUAAAAACAAACGUGAAGGCUUGCCUUGUGGACUGGAGCUCUGCUCUGCCAGGUUCCCGCGCUCCCCUAACAUUGCCAGAGACGCCGUAUCGUUACUGAAGGGCAGCGCCGUAAAGAAGCUGGCGCUUGACGAGAACAAGGCUGUUGUCAGGAAUUUCUCAGAACAGUACGAACUGUAUUGUGAGCACGGUUGUGCGUUCCUUAGAAUGCCAGGCGACACAUUUGAUUUGAGCUUAGAAGACAGCAUCUGCCACAAAAACUCCUUGAGCACACCUGCCCAGGCGUCUAUCGGAAAAGAAGGAACCGAAGGUUUGGGUUUUGGUAACGAUACAAAGAUAUUGAACAAAUUUCGGUAUUCGUAUAAACAGAGCAGCGCUGUGCCGUUGGAAAACACACAUGCGCCAUCUCUUUCUAAAGAUGAGUUGACAUCUACGCAUUUAUUAGAGCUUAAGAAAGAGCUCAAUGAAGAGCUUAGUAAAGAAAUAAAAAAGGAGCUCCAAGAAGAAUUCAAAGAUUGUAGCGACGCAGUUGUAGGCGACAGAAGUACACUAUAUUUUGGCGAAUCUCCCGAUUUACUCUACCCUGAAGACCCAGGUCUUCGUGACAUUGCAUCCUGGGCCUGCCAACCAGUCAGCAAACCAGCCUGCCAACCAGUCAGCCAACCAAGCGUCCAACCAGUCCACAAGUUGUUGUCAGACAGCCACGUGACUGGCACAGAGAGUGUCGUGGCGAGUGACAAACCGAGCAGGUUUGUUGAUCAUCAAGGCAGGUUGGAUGUCAUCAUGGCUCUACCAAAGAUGUGUAGUAGUGGGGAUGUCAGCAUAGUCAAACCAUCUCAAAGUAAUGCUAAGGAUAGCAUAGCUAAACCAUCUCAAAGUAAUGCUAAUGAUUGCAUAGCUAAACCAUCUCAAAGUAAUGCUAAUGAUUGCAUAGCUAAACCUUCUCAAAUUAAUGCUAAUGAUAGCAUAGUUAAACUACCACAAAGUAAAGCUAAUGAUUGCAUAGUUAACCAACCUCAAAGUGAUGCUAAUGGUAGCAUAGUUAAAUUACCACAAAGUAAUGCUAAUGAUGGCAUAGUUAAACUACCUCAGAGUGGUGUUGGUGAUGUCUUCGCGGCUAAACCACCUCAGUGUACUGCUCGGGCAACGUGUGAUAAUCAAACAAAUAAGAACAUUCCACCAGAAGAAGACACGACACAAUAUAGGCAUAAGGGCACUCUAGCAGCAGAGGACACGCCAACCAAAGUCACAAUCUCAGACUUUGGCAAAUCAGAAGAAGAAGACUGUGCUAAGGACAUACCAGAAGAUGUGUAUACUCACUUGGAAGCUACGCACGUUCGAAUGGGAAUUGUUGACGAGCAGGUGCUACAAGGAGAUCAUAAAGGGCAGUUGGAGGUAGGAUCUGAAAGUGACCAUCAAGGGCAGUUGGAGGUAGGAUCUGAAAGUGACCAUCAAGGGCAGUUGGAGGCAGGAUCUGAAAGUGACCAUCAAGGGCAGUUGGAGGCAGGAUCUGACAGUUACCAUCAAGGGCAGUUGGAGGCAGGAUUUGACAGUGACCAUCAAGGGCAGUCAGAGGCUGGAUCUGACAGUGAUCACGACAUUGAAGAAAAAGAAUAUGUCGAUGAAAUUGCGACUGUGUACGAAAACAAUAUAGAUGAAAAAGAUAAGAAUAAACAUGAGAAUACGAUGGAUGAGAGAACGAUAGAUGGGGAAUCACCAAAAAUUCUGGGAAUGAAGCUGACCAGUGGUAACACGCGCGAGGAUAACACCCAGGAAACUUCACCAAGUCCGCAAAAGACCCCCGACGCCACAAAUUCAGAGCAGGCCCCACCCCAGGCCAUAAAAACAGAGCAGGCCCCACCCCAGUCCAUAAGAGCAGAGCCGGCCCCACCCCAGGCCAUAAGAGCAGAGCAGGCCCCACCCCAGGCCAUAAGAACGAAGAAGUCUGCUAUAGAAAAACUUGCUGAAGAUACUGAAGCAGCAAACUGCCGAGUGGCAGACACGUUAAGACUGGGUCAGAAGAGCAUUAGUGAACUGCUGAAAAACGCAAUGGCCGCCAAGUUCUCAAACAAACCUAAAAUGGGAGUUGAAAUCGUUGAGAAAAAAGAGACGAAAAAAAAAUAUCUGGCCAUUCUUUCGGGCAAUCAAUCGAAUAAAGCACAGAAAAGAGAUCAAUCAGCUUUCCCCUAUACUUCUGCGAAAUCCAAUAAAAAAAAAGAUUCGUUUGGUCAACGCAAACUGGCGGAGACAAAACCACCUUCACCCAAGAAAACCACUGCUCCUCCCAGCAAGAAACACGAGGGACACGUUAAAUCGUCUCGCGUUCGCCAGUUGGCCGAGAAAAGCCGCAAAAGCCAGCUUGAAAAAAAACAAGUUGAAAUAAACAUGAAACAAGUUCAUAAUACAGGAAAACGGCCAGGACUAUUAGCGGGCAUAAAAAAAAACUUGAUAACAUCGCUACAUAGACAACAGCAGACUUCUCUCCCGUCUGUAAAAGAUAGGAAAAUUCCAGCACAAGGUCGCAGAAGCUCGUGGGCACGUGAAGAGACUCUGCCUCGCCAGUGGUCAGAUGUAACCAGACUCUCCAGUCGCGAGACUGUCACUGACAUCGAGUCAGCCCAGGACACCUUGGAGCUGGUAGAGUCAGAGAGUGAGACUGACGUCAGGCUGAUCCCCCUUGAUAAUCUCAGACUAAGUCUAAUGCUGCAUGACGGAAAAAUCGUACCCCCUGUUCAGAAAUCCAAACCGAGGCCUACUUCCGGUCGUGUGCACGGUAAACCUUCCGGCGUUCAAGAAUACAAUGUCCCUGUUCUCCAACAUAGCUCUGACUUGCGGCCUCCAUCCGGCCGCGUGCACGGUAAACCUUCCGGCGUUCAAGAAAAGGUCCCUGCUCUCCCUCAUAGCUCUGAGCUGCGGCCUCCAUCCGGCCGUGUGCACGGUAAACCUUCCGGCGUUCAAGAAAAGGUCCCUGCUCUCCCCCAUAGCUCUGAGCUGCGGCCUCCAUCCGGCCGUGUGCACGGUAAACCUUCCGGCGUUCAAGAAAAUGUCCCUGCUCUCCAACAUAGCUCUGAGCUGCGGCCUCCAUCCGGCCGUGUGCACGGUAAACCUUCCGGCGUUCAAAACGACAAAGUCGCUCCUGUCCCUCAUAAUUCCGCCCCAUACCCUUCGCCACAAAGUCUCCGUGAUAAAAAUGGUAUCAAGAACCUAAUGAAUGAGCUAUUGAUUAGCCCAGCAGGAACUGGCACUGAAACUGUGAAACCCACCUUACGAAAGUCAAAAAGCGCGUCAGCACCUUACAUGAAGCGUGCAGAUCGUGUGCUAGAUUUCAGGAACAAAUAUGUUUUAGGCUUUAGUGAUAAGGACAUUUCCAAAGAUAUCAGGCCUUUGAGAAAGUGCAACAGUGCCACCGAUUUAGAAAAGUUUUUUGCAGAAAAGUUGAACCCAACAAACAAGCCGUUAAAAAUUGAAAUUCAAAUGCCAAAGGUUGAGCAGGUGUAUUCUUCCAGUAAGAGCACUACGUCCUACUUCAUUAAAAGCCCUCCAAAAAAUUUCACAGACACGGGCGUGUCAGAAGAGAAGGAGAGAGCUAAACCAGGCCACUUGUUUGUUGAACCAAAUAAGCCAGACACUAGUACAAGCAUCCGACUAGACGCCUUAAGCUCCAGAAGCAGACACAACACCAACUUCCCCCUGAUAAGCGCCAGGAUCGAGAGCAGGUCUAUACUGAGCUUGAGCACGAAAUCCUGCUGGCAAAGCUCUCGCCCCGCUCUACACGACGUCAGCCUAGAGCUGCCGGAGCUGGAUUACCAGCCGGUGUACGAGGGGCGAGUCAGCUCGGAGCAUCUGAAGAAAGCCAUCAGUGACAGCAGAAACAUCGCCGUGCUGGAGGAGAAACAGGAGCAGGGAAAAUAUAUCAAAGUCAUUCGCUAUUCUAAAAGCACGCAACGGCGGUACGAAAUUACGUAUCACACGAAAACAAAUCUAUUUUUCGGUAAAGGUAAGCCAUUUGCAGAAAAUAAUACAGUGUAUGAGUCUGAACUACACCCGCAUAGAUCUGAUGAGUCGGCCAAUAUUGAAAGCAGUGAACACAGGCAAGAGAAGGCUAAACUUAGCUACAUCAAAUUUUAUAAUAAGUUAUUGGAGAAUAGAAGUGCCACAGGUUUCCGACAGUUACAACCACGGGGCGUCGUACCACCAAAGAGAAGAGAACUCGGGGCAAGAGUUCCAAAGGACAGAUUGCUCUGUGGAAUCCAAAAAAGGGGCAUAAGUUGUCAUGAGACAGACAACAGGCAACAGACUAAGUCGCUCAGCAAGUCUGCAUGGCGAGUGAAAUCUGUCCCCGACACAGCAAUCACGCGACACACCGUGGCCUCGGCAGCUAAAGACCUGCGACUCACGAUGAAUAAAGAAGAUGGCAGCCUGUCUAAACACCGCCAUUUUUCAAACUCGCACAUUGAAGGAAUGCAACAGUCAGUGUACAAUACACAUUCAUCCAAAAGUUCCAAACAAAGCGCAGCGCCACCAGCCGACAAGAAGAACCUCGAGACAAAACCUAGUCAGCAGGAGAACACAGUUGACGGUCAGCUGUCCGAGGUUCAACAGCUUCUGCCAGCACUUGAGAUAAACAAGGCUCAAACAGAAAUGCCUCGUCGCGGCAUCAGACGCAACUUUUCUUCGUUUUUUACAAACAAAUCACAAAACAAUAGCAUUGGCUUUAUUGGAGCGAAACAAUGUCAGGCGUCGUCCAAUCCACCGAGUGUCUUCAUUGAGAAAAUCAGCGACGCCAAAAACAUCUGGGAAUGCAAAUAGAGCAACCACUUAUACACUUAUUCUACUUAAUAUUUUAUACUUUAUACCUUCUAUAAUAAAUAUUAACUAAUUUUUAUACAAUAAUUUAUGCAGUAGAGAAGAUAAUGUUAAUCAUUUUCAAAAAAUAGUCAGUGAUGUUUUUUCUUGGUAUAUUAUUUUAAUGUGUUAGCUAGUUAAAAUA